AUGGACAUUGAUGCUAUUGCCACGUUGCCCUGUGACAUGAAUGCACUCCCUAGUCUUCUCCAGGACAUUGCCACGCAAGGGAAAGACCUUACGGAUAACAACAGUCAGACCAGACAGCAACUGCUGAAGUCCGCUCGUGCGCUUGUGCGUGCGCUGGAAACCCCGAAAGAAACCAUUAUUAGACUCUGUUGGGCCGAGCCAAACCUGUAUAGUUCCAUCUACACGGCAAUCAGUCUGGGGCUGUUUCCCCUGCUAUCGAGGGAUGGGGAUAGCCCGAAAACGGUUUCUCAGCUAGGUGCAUGGAGUGGAGCAGACCCUGUGCUGUUAAGCCGAAUUUUACGGCAUCUAGCCGCCAUGGGCACGAUACAGGAAACGGGGCUCGAUGAAUAUCAGCACACUAACCUCUCCAGAUCGUUGGCCACCGACAAGUAUGGCUCUGGAUUUUCAUGGAUUGCCCAAGGCGUCAUUCCGACCAUCUACCACCUCCCAAAAUACCUGAAGGAGAAUGGGUUCCAAAACCCCACGGAUCCCAAGGAUGGGCCCUUCCAGCAUGCCUUUGGUACCUCGCUACAUUGGUUUGCGUGGGCCGCUAGGAAUCCACAACUCAUGACGGAUUUCAAUCAUCACAUGGGGGCAUACCACCAAGGCCGGCCCAGCUGGAUGGACGCGGACUUCUUUCCCGUGGCGCAAGGACUCGUGAAAGGAAUGAAGCACGACGCGGAUUCGGUGUUGCUGGUCGAUAUUGGUGGCGGGAAAGGUCACGAUCUGGAAGAAUUUCGCCGAAAGCAUCCUACCGCACCCGGCGGCUUAAUUCUUCAAGAGCUCCCGGUUGUGAUUGACGAGAUCCAAGGAAGCAUCGCCCCGACAUUUACCCCGAUGGUCUAUGAUUUCUUCACCGAGCAGCCCAUCAAGGGGGCUCGGGCUUAUUUCCUUCACUCCAUCCUGCACAACUGGUCCGAUGAAAGCUGUCGGAAGAUCCUGGCGAGAGUUACGGCAGCCAUGGAACCGGGAUACAGUAAAUUACUGGUGAAUGAGAUCGUGAUCGCUAAUACCGGGGCCGACUGGCAAGAAACCGCGCUAGACUUGAUGAUGAUGAAUAUGCUAUCUUCGCAGGAGCGCAACGAGGCUGAAUGGAAGCAGCUUUUCCAGUCCGCUGGUCUGAAAGUGGUGAAGAUAUGGAGCCAUGAGCAGGGGGUUGAAAGCCUUAUUGAGUGCGAAUUGGCCUGA